GUGGUCUCCUGGCUGAGUCCUUUUGAUUUGGCGCCCUGCUUAGUCAUCUAUUGUCACUGUCAAGUCCUGUUAGUUCCUCGGACCCGAGCUGUGUUCAUUCGGUCGUGUUUCCUUCCUGUAUUGCGGACGACUGCAUGCCACGCAUUCCAGACAUACCUGGACAACUCGUCCAGAGGGGUUCAGAGCAAGAACUAUGGCUAAAACGUCGCGUCGCGACACUCUGUCACCUGGAUUAUGAUCGGUUCCCCGGAAGUCAGCCCAUCAGCUUUGCAUCAGGUCACUUGAAUAGGCUAGAGAAGCAGGACUUUUGGGUGUGCGAGAAGUCGGAUGGCGUCCGCGUGCUUUUCUUUUUGCAAACGGACUUGCCGUCGAGCACUCAGAUGGUCUACCUUAUUGACAGACAUAACACCUACCGCGAAAUUGGCGGCUUUUGGUUUCCUCACCACGAACGACGCGACCAACCUUUGAGAGACACAAUCAUUGAUGGAGAGCUGGUCAUUGAUGUUGAUCCUGCGACUAAUGAGGAAACUCUCCGGUAUCUGGCUUUCGACUGUCUCGUCGUUGACUCGCAACACGUCAUGUCGCGGCCCUUGGACAAACGAUAUGGACGCCUGCGAGAUUGGUUCUAUCGCCCAUAUUCAGCCAUGUUACACUCGCAAGCUAAUAUGCUUCCUCCUCAACCUUUUUCGAUCAAAGUCAAAGACAUCAAUUUUUCGUAUACAAUUGAUCACGUUUUUCAGGCAAUCAUACCGUUAUUGCAGCACGGCAAUGAUGGUCUUAUUUACACGUGUGUUGAGACGCCGUAUACGCCGGGCACAGACGAGAACAUUUUCAAGUGGAAACCGCCGUCAGAGAACUCAAUUGACUUCAAACUUGUUUUGCGCUUUCCGCCUCUCAAAGGUGCUCCCUCUCAGCCAGAUUUUCAAGCUAAGCCCUUUUUCGGGCUCCAUGUAUACUGUGGUGAUGAACGAGGGCAGGCAAGAUAUGAACCUUAUGAUGAGUUAUAUGUCACCGAUGCCGAGUGGGAGCAGAUGAAGUUGUCAGGGGAUCAGUACGAUGACAGGAUUGUGGAAGUGCAUUGGGAUUCCGUAUCAUCUCAUUGGCGAAUGAUGCGCUUCCGUGAUGACAAGCCGAACGGGAAUUACAAGACCGUCGUAGGGAAGAUUAUUCAGAGCAUAGUCGAUGGCGUUGAGAAAGAUUCCUUGCUUGGCCGGUGUCCUGUCAUCCGUACAGCCUGGAAGGAACGGAUGAACCGCGGCUCUCAGGCUCAGCAACCUCUGCCCACUCCAACUGGACCUCCAUCCUCAGCUGGAGGAUCUUAUCCUGCUCAUGGCUCGUCCAACGGACCUCUGCCCACUCGUCUACCACCCGGAGAUUGUACGUUCCGAUACGGCGCUAUUGCAACCUCACCUUGGAGCAAGGUUUCUGGUCCAAUUACUUUUGCUGGAAUGAGACGAUGACAUCACGCAUGAUAACAACGUCCCGGAGACAGCCCGCUCCUGCGCGCUCCAUCUCGCGACGAAUUGCCCGUGAUCAAGCGUGGUCCAAAAAAGGCUCUCAAAGCCCCUAUUGCUGACAUCAAGUGUUCGCUUCCCCGCAAUCACGGUACCUUCUGCAAUCACAGCCAGCGGAUAUCCGCUGACACCACCCUAUUGUUCGAGCAUGCUUAUAAUUCCUCCGUCUGCGGGCGACUCAUUCUUCUCGUCACAUGCAAAGGCGCACGAGGCGAUGGCAGGUGACGUUAGGGGGUAUCGUUGGGAGAAGCGCGAUCGUGGUAUAACGCGCACUUUAGACUUCUCAUAUGGCGAGCUCUACUUGUCAAGUGUCGAGAAGCUCUUCCUACGCAAUGACGAAAAACAACGAAAGCAUCAACGAAAGCAAAUGGUAUGCAUGUCUAGUCGUUACAAUGGAUGAGUGAUAGAGUCGGAGAUAGUCGUGCAACCGUCUUGAGGGUGCCGUAGGGAGAGAUAUGCGUAGCGUAUGUGACGAGAGAUAAAGUGACAAGGACGGAUAGUAAGAACCUUCAAUCGUAAGGAUGAAGCGUAAGUUAUCAUGAAAAAGGUUGCAGGGAUGCCAAUGUACUGUGGUAUGCAAGAUGGAAAAAUGAAAUGGACACUGAAGAUAAAUGUAAAGGUGUAUAAAUGACAACGGGUACAUACAAGAUGCCCGGGGAAUUUUUAACAACGCAAAAUCGCCACAAGAAACAAUCAAUGGAAUAGAUUCUGGUCAAGAGAAAAUGAGACACCAAGAUCGGAGAACUGCGGGGCUGAUUCCUCGGCCUCGCUGAUGGGGAAACCUCCAAAGGAGAAGGAACGCGACAUGAUAAGCUUCGACCGCUUGCCACGCCGUGUUGGUGUAUCGAAAAGCGGUGAGAUCGCCGCCGCUUUCGCAUAGGAUUGGAAGGUACGGAUUUCCGCUGAUUCAGGGGUGGAUUCUAAAGAAGAGUUGCCUGACCGAUUUCUCCUUGGAGGAGUUCGGGGAGCAAUAGAUAGUGCUGCAAAUUCGGUGGUGGGCAUCAUGAAAUGUGAAGGGAUAGGAAGAUCGGCAUCCGGCAGCGACAGCACCAAAGGAGUACGAGGCUCGUCUCCUUCUCCAUCGUAACUGCCAGAGUCGUUUGAAAAGGUAACCUCCUGAGCUUGAUCACCUGGUUGAACCUCGUCCCCGUCACGCGAAGCGUCAAGCUCGCUUUGACCGUCCAGGACCCUCCACCACUCUAUAUCCGCGAGUACCCGUCGCUGACUAGUAGCUGUGCUCGAAAAGCGUUUCAAGCCACGUCCAUUCACGCGAAGACGCGCGGUGCCCGGCGGGCUAGGGAGCGCCGCUGGGUAUGGAGAAGAGCGGACCGACGGGGACGAGAACGACCUGCGGAGAGAGGGCAUUGAUAAAGGGUAAUGGAGAAGGAUGAGGUUGCCGUGCUUCUAAGGGUGCAAACCAGGAGCUGCCUAACGCAAUGCUCGCUGAAGGGGACGACUGG